CGCAUGUGCAGUGACAUCGUUCCGGCCCCGUGGCGGACAGUCGGCGUGCUGAAGAUUUUCAGCAAUGUGGACAACAGAUGAAAUUGCCAGUAUGUGCUACACACAUUAUUCUACCAAAUUACCAAAGAAAGGUCUGCCGGAUCCAGGUCGAGAAUGGACUCUGCUCGCAGCUGUGGUAAAAGUUGAGGAGAAAGCAAGCAUGCAGAGCAAUGAUGAAUUUCUGGAAGUUGUUGCAAUGGGAACUGGGUCAAAGUGCAUUGGUCAGACAAAAAUGAGUAAAACUGGUGAUGUUGUUAAUGACAGCCAUGCAGAGGUGACUGCACGGCGUGGGUUUCUGAGGUACUUGUAUCAUCAACUUAAAGAAGCAUUCAAAAAUAAAAAUAGCAUCUUCAUCACAAGCAGCGAAAAAGGAAAAUGGAAACUGAAGCCAGGCAUUACCUUUGUGUUCUUUAUUAGCCACACUCCAUGUGGUGAUGCUUCUAUUAUUCCAAAGGUAGAAAAUUACAAUGAACCUUCUAUGAACAUGAGAGCCAUGGGGAGUGAUGAGCAAAAUGUUAUUGCUGUUCAAGAUAAUAAAAAUACUGAAGAUGCACAAUUAUUAAAUAAUGAAGAGCACUUGUGGGGCAAAAGACAAAAAGGCGAUGCAAGUUCUACAGUGAUUCCUAAAAAAAGGAUUAAAAAAGCUGAUGAAAAUAGAGAUUUACCUGAAAGUAGCAGUGUUCAUGAAAACAAACGUAAUCAUCUGUCUGAACAAGAAAGUAAUACUAUCCAGAUCAACAAUAAUCAACUUUAUGAAGCAGAAAUAAUGUCCAAGAGCAGCCAUUAUACCACUCCAUCUCAAAAUGCGUUUUCAUUCGAUAUGGAGAAAACCAAACAGAUGCAAAAUAAAGUUUUGGAUAUACACCGAACUGGCGCUAAAUGUGUACCAGGUGGCCUUCAGGAUUCUCUUAAGCCCGGAGUUGACUAUCACUGCGUGGAAUCAUUGAGGGUGAAACCAGGAAGAGGCAGCAGAACAUUAUCAAUGUCAUGUAGUGAUAAACUUGCACGUUGGAAUAUUCUUGGUUGUCAAGGAGCACUUCUCAUGCACUUCCUUGAGGAGCCAGUGUAUUUCUCUUCUAUUGUAGUAGGACACUGUCCAUAUAACUAUGAUGCCAUGAAGAGAGCUAUAAUAGAUAGGUGCUGUAAUGUAACUUUACUUCCAAAGGAAUUCAGAGUUCAAGAUGUGAAGAUGCAACAGUCACAUUUGGAGUUUCCACACAGUCGCCAUUCAGCGCAAAGUAACUAUGAUCCCAGCAAAGGGAGGCUUAUACCUUGUGCAGCAGCAGUAAGUUGGAGUGCUAUACCAGACCAGCCACUAGAUGUCUCUGUAAAUGGCUAUAAACAAGGAGCCACAAAAAAGAUACUUGGAACCCCACAAGCGAGGUGUAAAAUUUGCAAGGCUGAGCUUUUCGUGUUAUUCCAAGGGCUCCUCUCUUUUCUUUCUGAGCAGAACUAUCCAGAAUCCCUUCGUUUCUGGAGGAUUGCCAGGAUCCUGAAGAAAUACUGGAUUAAUACCAUCCACAAAUCUGUAAGGAAGUGCAAAUCACAGCUUAUGCAGGUCAACGAUGUCCUGGGACUCAGAUCAGCCAGUGUUUUCAGGAUUCCCUGUGAAUGCAGAGCAGUGUAUAUCGGCCAGGAAGGGAAAUCGGUGAUAGUAGAACACUACGUUUGCAAUUGCCAUAGGAUUGACUUCAGCACACAGUUUCAACACCUGGCAAAGGAAGCCAUUUAAAUAAAACUGGAGGAAAAGAAUUUUAACAAAGAUUCAGGUCAUGCUCUGAGUAAGAACUAGAAUUCAAUUGUAAGCAAAGCAGGAGAGUGAAAACCUAAUUGGUUGAGGACUAACAAAUCAGAAGGGAUGGACUACAGGGGUAUAAGUACCACCAGACUAGACAUACCCAGGCAUCAUUGAUGAAGCUGGCAGAGUUUGUCAUCAAAACAUCGGUUAAAAUCGAUACCUGUAUCCGACUGGAAGCCCAAGAAGAGUUUAUUCAUUAUGUAUGCUGGGAAAACAGAAGAUUCUUUAUGCCAAAUUGGUUUGCAAUCUAAGUUUAUUCUGACUGGAUCUGAACUGUUAAGUAUUUGGU